AUGGGUCGCAACCGCCGCACGGAGCAACCACAGACCCCCAGGGACUCACACCCGAGCUCCCAACAGGGACUGAUGGACGGUUUCCUACAACCCCUACGCGGGGCUGCUGGCGGGAGUCUGGGCCUACCACCGCGGUCACCACGGUCCCCUACCUCGAUGGGGGGAUGUGAAUCCUCCACCCUGGAACGCAUAAGCGAGGAGCUGAGGACCAUGGCGGCUGCCAUGGCCACAAAAGCCGACCUGCUCACCCUCACCACCACGAUCCAAGACGCCCUGAGAGCAGAAAUGGCCGGGAUCAGGACAGAGGUGAGCGCUCACGUGGGCCGCAUACAGGCCCUAGAACACGUGGUGGAAACUCACACCGUGAGGCAAACGGCCACAGACACUGCCAUUUCCCGACAGGGAGAACUGAUCCUCCACAUGCGCAGGCACCUUGAAGAUCUGGAUAAUAGGGGGCGGAGGUGCAACAUUCGGAUCCGGAGGAUCCCAGAACCAGAUGGAGGGGAGGACGUGGAGAAUGUUCUCACAGACCUCUUCAAUACUAUACUAGGGGCCGACGCUCCACAGUCCUUUGACUUUGAACGGGCACAGAGAGCCCUAAGACCAUGGUCACUUGAAGAAGGCCCUAGAGAUGUGAUCUGCUACCUCCAUGCCUUCCCCAUUAAAGACAAAAUCAUGCGGAAAGCUAGGGAGCAACCCACGUUGCCCUUUCGAGGUAACCCUGUCUCCCUAUACAAUGACUUGUCCCCACUUACGUUGGAAGCCAGACGGGCACUCAGACCGGUGACGGCAGUACUCAGCAAAAACAACAUCACCUACAAAUGGGGGUUCCCGUUCGCACUCUUGGCACGACAUAAUGGUACCUGGAAAGCGGCCAGAUGGCCCGAAGACAUCCCGCGGUUCCUGGAGGAGCUCAAUCUACCACCAACAUCUAUCACCAACUGGGUCCUGGGUCCGCAAGAACAGGCACCCGACAGCAGCGAGCCCCACGCAGACGAGGUGGCAGAUCCCAGACUCUUAUACUCAUUUCAGACACUCCCACUAGCUAUACCCAUAAAUUUUUUCUCCUCAUUACGAUCAGCGGCUAUACGCUAUGUUUGGAAAGGGGAGAGACCAAGGCUUCGACAUGACUUGCUCUGCCUACCGAGAUGCCGGGGUGGACUAGCGCUGCCAGACUUCAAACGGUAUCACCAAGCUACAGUCCUUCAGCGUAUUCUGGAAUGGCAUGCUGGUACACACCGGAAACAAUGGGUAGCCCUAACCAGAGAUGGACAAGAAGCUCGUCUAAAGUCCAAUAUAUAGAUGGGGGGCCACAGAGCCAGUGAUAGAGAAGAGUCGGCCGGGAUUAUAGCCCAGACACUUGCCAGCUGGGCACUCAUGA